UAACUUCUCAUGUUCAUAAUCUUAUAGUGAGGUGAUGGCACCUCUAGUUUGAUAUUAAAAAGCUGUAAGUAACAAGUCAUUUUUUGUCAUAUGUGUGUUUUAUCUAGUAAUGUAGGAAAGGGUGCUACCGUAUACUGUGGGUGCUUUGAGCUCAAUUUCUUCAAAAAUCCUACCUACAGCUUUGGAGAUGGAGCUAUGGAAGUCAGACAUGACACAUGCCAAGUCAUAGUUGUGGUUAACUUACUAUGUCCAGACAUUGUGUCCAGAUCACUAAUGUGUAUUUUCUUAAAGUUGCACAAUUCUUGGGGAUUGCUGUUUUUAUCUUGUGUGUUGUAAAGGUUGUGGGCCAGAGUUAAGUAGCCUGCCCAAGCUUUCAUAGCUCUUCAGUUGAUAUCUACAUUACACUGCAUCCCAUGUGUUUUGUUUAAUUCUGCCUCAAUCCUUGUUAGUAAUCAUGAUUUGUUUCCUUUGUAGGCAAAACCCAGAGACUACAUUUGAAGUGUAUGUGGAAGUGGCCUAUCCUAGGACAGGUGGCACUCUUUCAGAUCCUGAGGUGCAGAGGCAAUUCCCGGAGGACUACAGUGACCAGGAAGUUCUACAGACUUUGACCAAGUUUUGUUUUCCCUUCUAUGUGGACAGCCUCGCAGUUAGCCAAGUUGGCCAGAACUUCACGUUUGUGCUCACUGACAUUGACAGCAAACAGAGAUUCGGGUUCUGCCGCUUAUCUUCAGGAGCCAAGAGCUGCUUCUGUAUCUUAAGCUACCUCCCCUGGUUCGAGGUAUUUUAUAAGCUCCUUAACAUCUUGGCAGAUUAUACGACAAAACAACAGGAAAGUCAGUGGAAUGAACUUCUUGAAACUCUACACAGACUUCCUAUCCCUGACCCUGGAGAGUCUGUUCACCUCAGCGUGCAUUCUUACUUCACUGUGCCUGAUACCAGAGAGCUUCCUAGCAUACCUGAGAAUAGAAAUCUGACAGAAUACUUUGUGGCUGUGGACGUGAGCAACAUGCUGCAUCUGUACGCCAGCAUGCUGCACGAGCGCCGGGUCCUCAUCGUCGGCAGCAAGCUCAGCACUCUGACUGCCUGUAUCCACGGCUCUGCUGCCAUGCUCUACCCCAUGUACUGGCAGCACGUGUACAUCCCUGUGCUGCCCCCGCACCUGCUGGACUACUGCUGUGCUCCCAUGCCCUACCUCAUAGGAAUCCAUUUAAGUUUAAUGGAGAAGGUCAGAAACAUGGCCCUAGAUGAUGUUGUAAUCUUAAACGUGGACACCAACACCCUGGAAACCCCUUUUGAUGACCUCCAGAGCCUCCCAAAUGAUGUGAUCUCCUCCCUGAAGAACAGGCUGAAGAAGGUUUCCACAACCACAGGCGAUGGGGUAGCUAGAGCCUUCCUCAAGGCCCAAGCUGCUUUCUUUGGCAGCUACCGGAAUGCACUGAAGAUUGAGCCAGAAGAACCCAUCACCUUCAGUGAGGAAGCCUUCGUGUCCCACUACCGCUCUGGAGCCAUGAGGCAGUUCCUACAGAAUGCCACACAGUUGCAGCUCUUCAAACAGUUUAUUGAUGGCCGACUAGACCUUCUCAAUUCCGGCGAAGGUUUCAGUGAUGUCUUUGAGGAGGAGAUCAACAUGGGCGAAUAUGCUGGCAGUGAUAAACUGUACCAUCAGUGGCUGUCCACAGUCCGGAAAGGAAGUGGAGCGAUUCUGAAUACUGUAAAAACAAAAGCUAACCCAGCCAUGAAGACUGUCUACAAGUUUGCAAAAGAUCAUGCAAAAAUGGGAAUAAAGGAGGUGAAAAACCGCUUGAAGCAAAAGGACAUCACCGAGAAUGGCUGUGCCUCCUCUGCAGAAGAGCCACUGCCAAAGACCAUGCCAUCCCCACUAGUGGAGGCCAAGGACCCCAAACUUGGAGAAGACCGGAGACCAAUCACAGUCCACUUCGGGCAGGUCCGACCACCUCGUCCACAUGUCGUCAGAAGACCCAAGAGCAACAUCACUGUGGAAGGCCGAAGGACAUCUGUCUCAAGCCCUGAGCAGCCCCAGCCGUACCGGACAUUGAAAGAAUCAGACAGCGCAGAAGGUGAUGAAACAGAGAGUCCAGAGCAGCUGGUGAGAGAGCCCUGGGGACUCAUCCCUGCUCCACCUGACAGAGCUGCCAGCAUUGACCUUCUAGAAGAUGUUUUCAGCAGCCUAGACAUGGAGGCACCAUUGCAGCCUCUGGGCCAAGCCAAGAGUUUGGAGGAUCUCCGGGCUCCCAAAGAUUUGCGGGAACAGCCAGGGAGCUUUGAUUACCAGAGGCUGGACCUGUGCAGAAGUGAAAGGGGCCUUGGCAUGGCUGCAGCUUUGAAGCUUCCUCAUCCAUACACUAAGCUCUGGAGUCUGGGUCAGGAUGACAUGGCCAUCCCCAGCAAGCCCUCCACCACCUCCCCUGAGAAGCCCUCAGCUCUGCUGGGUAUUUCCCCAGCCCUGCCUCACAGACCCCAGAACCAGGAAGGCAUCUUGAGCCCCAGCGUCAAGGAGGAGGCUCCCAUCUCAGCUCUGGGCAGCAUCACUAUUCCCCGGCCACAAGGCAGAAAGACCCCUGAGCUGGGCAUCGUGCCUCCACCACCCACUGCCCGGCCAGCCAAGCUCCAGACUGCUGGCGGACCACUUGGUGACUUCUCUUCAGAGCCACUACAGAUGGACCAAGAAAGGCAAGCUGCCCUGAGCCCAGCCCCCUUGUCAGGGCUGCUCCCCAGUGCUGCCUCACAAGGCCCCACGGAACUUCUACAGCCACUCAGCCCAGCCCCAGGAGCUGCAGGCACAGGCACUGAUGCCCUACUUGCCCUCCUGGACCCACUUAACACAGCCUGGUCAGGCAGCACCAUCGCACCACAUCCUGUCACCCCCAAUGUGGCUACCCCAUUCCCCCCGCAGCUCAGCUUUCCCUCCACAGUGACACCCACCCCUUUUGCACAGCCACCACUCAAUCCCUUUGUCCCAUCUAUGCCUGUAACACCACCCACCAUGGCCCUGGGCUCUACACCAGCCAGGCAUUUUGGGACCCCUCCAGCAUCCCUGGGGCCAGCAUAUAUGCCCAGUAUCCUAUUGUCUGGUUCUGGCUUCUAUGCCCCUCACAGGUCUCAGCCCAACCUGUCUGCUCUCUCCAUGCCCAACCUCUUUGGCCAGAUCCCCAUGGGUACCCACACUAGUCCCCUGCAGCCACUUGGGCCACCAGCCGUUGCCCCCUCCAGGAUCCGAACAUUGCCUCUGCCCCGCUCAAGUACCAGGGCUGCUGAGGCCAAGCAGGGGUUGGCCCUGAGGCCUGGUGAACCCCCACUGCUGCCUCCCAGAACCCCCCAGGGUCUAGAGCCGACCCUGCAGCCCUCUGCUUCUGCACAGGCCAGAGACCCCUUUGAGGAUUUGCUACGAAAAACCAAGCAAGAUGUGAGCCCGGCCCCGACCCCGGCUCCAGAGCCAGCCCCCACCUCCGUGGAGCAGCUCCGCAGGCAGUGGGAGACCUUCGAGUGAGCAAGCUUGUGCCACUGUUCAAUACCGUGCCUCCCCUAUGUCCUAUUUCUGACCAGGUUCCACUGGGGCAAAGGGACUCUUUCUGCCCCCUCAGCUCCACAGCCCUUCUCUGAGGCCUGGCCCUGAGAAUGGUACCGUCCCAGAAAAGCUGCCUGCCAUCCUCCUCAGCA